UAUGGACGACUUUAAUUCUCAGCAAUUCAUAUAAAAUAAUACCUUUGUGGAAUAAGGGGAGAUGUUUCUGUAGUUCAAUUUUCCCUGCUACCUGGACCGCAAUUGAAGGACAGCUUGAGUGUUGACAAAGCACUGCUGGCUACUGUGUGGAUUAUGGUACUCAGUGGCUGAAUGAGGAUUUCUCUCCAGAUAACAGAAAUGGAUAGGAGCUACAACACACUCACUCUUGUCUUUGUGAUUAUCUGUACAAGCUGCGUGUCAGGACUGGGUGUCCCUCAGCCUGUCAACCCGGUGGUGCGGGUUUUGGAUGGAGAGGUGACAGCAGUUUGGGACUCUCCUGAGGAUGCACCACUGAAGUCUGUCUACAAUGUAGAAAUGAAAAAGUAUGGGUCAGGCUCCGACUGGAUCGCGGUAGUCAGGUGCACGAUGAUCACGGUGACCUGCUGUGACCUCACCAACCUCAUGCAUGAGUACAACGCUGCCUACAUAGUCAGAGUUCAGCUCGUUGCAGGACGUAAUGCAUCAGACUGGAAAAACACCAAGAGGGUUUACCCAAAUCAGAGUAGAUUGCUGCCUCCUUCCUUCACUCUACUGGCUACAUCCAGCACCCUGACACUCACAGUUCACAAAAAGCCCUUUUAUAAGAAGAUGUUUCCUUUUGGGAUGACCUACACCAUCUAUCUGGAGGACAGAGGAAAAGACAAUAAGACCACAAUAGCAUACCUGAAGGAUGGAUUGGAUGAUGAAGGGGUUAAGACAUUUGAUUCUCUCCACUGGGGGAGAGAGUAUUGUGUCAGCCUCAAGGUAGAGAGCAGUACAGGGCUCUCCAUGAGCAAUGUAUCCACUCCACAGUGUAUUUUCCUACCUGAACAAGAGUGGUACAUAAUUGCUGUGUCGUGCCUGGUAUCUCUGGGUGUGAUGGCCAUCUUUGCUGUGCUGCUCGCCAUUCUCCUGUGUUACCUGAAGCGCCCAGAAAAAGUACCUACUGUAUUGAAAUCCCCAGGAAGCGGCUGGCUCCCACUCACUGUUGGAGAAAGCCCUAUGGAAGUUGUCACAGACAAAGGGUGGUUCCUGAUGGGAAAAGAAGAGAAAAACUGUUUCACCCCAGAGCAAGUAACCCAAGCCAUGGCAUCAGAGGACGACCAGCAGGAAGUCAGGAGGACAAGCACAGACAGUGGGGUAGGCGUAGAGCCAAACUCUGCCACCAAGAGCAGGGGAAGUGCUCAAAUUAUGCAAGAGGACAGUGGUUGUGGAAGCAUGACAGGGUCGGAGAGCUCCACCAGCUGCAGCAGUAGUACAGAGGAGCACUUCCUGCGGGAAGGAAGGACUAAUGACAAUACUGUCAGGAAGAGGGAGGAUAGCGGAGUAGAACUGGGCUGCCAGCUAGAUUGUUCCCUGAUUCUAGAUGGACAAGACUGUGGAGCUGUUGCUGGGGAUAAAUACCGCAGCAAGAGCCCCUCAGCUGUGCAGAUUCAUGUUUGUGAUGAUGAGAGGAUGUUUCAGGAAAUACAGACAGACAGAGACUCUGCGUUGGCUGAUGUGGUCACGGGUUACAGGGCUGGGCAUCAGUCAUGCAUCUGCUCAAGAGCAGGUCAGUGUGCUUGGUGCCAUCAAACAGGACAUCAUGGACCUGAAGAGGUUCCACAGUACAGAGCUGCACAUAUUGAAAAUGGACUGCUGAGCAGCGAAAACCAUUUUGUGGAAACUUAUGAGGCGGACCUUCAGUUUUCAAAUUACCGUGGAAAACCACACAUUCAGCUGGAGUCCAUCAUCAGGAUGGAUGAUUCAGAGACACCAUCUAACCUACCUUUCAUACAACUGGAGGAGGCUUUCCCUCUGCUAACAGCUCUGUCGUUACUGCCCUCAGUGGAGGAAGGAGAGAAGUUUGGUAUGAAAAAUGCGUCCCUUUCCCUGUGUGAUGUAGAACUGAAAACUGAUUGAUAUGGACACUUUUAUUGUACAGCAAUGCUUGCUGUGCUGUGGAAUGCAGCAGGGACAUUAUUAGUGCUGACAUGCUAUAAUAAAAUAGCAAAAAUAAUGUAGAAAAAAAGUUGCACAAUUGAGCCCUAUUUGGAGGGAAAAAAACAAAGUAGGCAUGUGUUUAAGCGGCUGAUUUUGAGCAUAGGAAGGAAAUUGAGGUUUAAGGGCUCUGAUAAACAGCACACAGCUGCUGGCUGCUAACUGUUAGAGACAAAGACAGUGAAAGUCCCAUUUAUGCCCUGUUACACUGUGGUGUAUAAUACAAGAUGUUUAAUACAUUAUGCCGGAAGUGAAACUAAUGUGUUUUGUGGAGGGGGUGGGGGGUGCAGAGAAACGGUUUAACCGAGAUAAAUGACUUUCAGCAACUUCUCUUUAACAUUUUAAGAAGUCAUUAAUAAAUGUGUUCAUAUAACAAAUAGUCAUUGUAAGUCUUAAAUAUUAUUGUUUUGCAAAUUUACACCACAUCAGAUGUUGUCAAGCAAAGGCCUGAGAAAGUGCCAUUUUUGCUCACCCUCCACUGACACAUACAACAUUUUCACACCUGUUCUGCUGUAUGCUGACUCAGCAAGUGACCUUCUCUUACUUUUGUUCUCCUUCUUUGCCCUCCACUCUGGUGACAAGACGGUUUUGAAAUGGUGUUUAUGCAGCAGCAAAGAGGGUGUAGCAGCCAGGGUCGCUCCUUUGCUAUCAGUUCAUCAGUAAACAGUUUCCACUCUAGUGAAAAUGUCAUGUUAGUUAAUUUGACUUUCAGUGACUGUAACUUUUGUAAUGAAAUAACUUUGAGCAAU